CACAGAAACAAAGUCCACUGAACUGAUAUCAGAGGUCAAAGGUCACCGAAGCUGAAGCGGUGAUUCAGCUGAAACCGCACAAAGCCACUGGGUGAAGGAGGAAGAUCUCUGACAGAGGGAAGAGUUUGAAACGUGAAGGAUUUCACAAUCAGCUCGCGACAGAAACUGACUGAAGACAAACGGAACUGUCACAGAGACACAGAGAGAAUAAAACUGUUCCUGAUCAAAGAGACAAAACGGACAGAACACCUGAGAGAAGACUCUUGACUCUGGGAAAAUCAAACUUUGCAAACUAUCCGUCAAGAGAAAAGCUGGACUCAACCGCUGGAAGACAAACCUGUUGUCGUCCUCCUCAAGUACUGAAGGACUUCACCUCGUCACCUCAUCUGUUCAUCAUCUGUUCAUCAGUAGAAAAUGAGAAAGAUCAGCUCACCCAAAGACAAGUAUUUCGGGGUGUGGUUGAUCUUCUUCCUUCUCGGUUUGGGGACACUGUUGCCAUGGAACUUCUUCAUGACUGCGACCGUGUACUUCACCAGCCGUCUGAAGGACCCAUUGGUCGAUUCUUCAGCCAAUCAGACAGAGGCGGCAGGUGAACAUCGCAGCGUUCUGGAGGCGAAGUUCAACAACGUGAUGACGCUGUGCGCCAUGCUGCCGCUGCUGCUCUUCACCUGCCUCAACUCCUUCCUGCACACGAUUGUUUCUCAGCGUGUGCGUGUGAUGGGCAGUCUGCUCGUCAUCAUGGUCGUCUUCAUCGCCACCGCCAUCCUCGUCAAAGUUCCUCUGGAGCCGCUCACCUUCUUCUCCGUUACCAUGGUGAAGAUCGUCAUCAUCAACUCCUUCGGGGCCGUGCUGCAGGGCAGUCUGUUCGGAAUGGCCGGUUUGCUGCCAGCUUCGUACACGACUCCGAUCAUGAGCGGUCAGGGACUCGCUGGAACCUUCGCUGCCUUCGCCAUGAUCUGCUCCAUCGCAAGUGGAGCUGAACUUCAUGACGCAGCGUUCGGUUAUUUCAUCACCGCCUGUGUCGUCAUUUCAGUUUCACUCCUCUCAUAUGUCCUGCUGCCGAAACUGGAGUUUUUCCAGUUUUAUCAAGAAAAAAACAAGAAACAGAGAAAGGACGACGAGAACUCAUUGAAUCUGAUGAACGAAGACAGGAAACAGGAAGCAGCUUCUGAAACUCAAAACAUCUCCAUGAUGAAAAUAUUUAAAAAGCUCUGGCUGGUGGCUCUCUCCGUCUGUUUCACCUUCACCGUCACCAUCGGCACAUUUCCCGCCAUCACGGCCGACACCAGUUCCACGCUGGACAUUGGAGACUCCUGGGGCCUGUACUUUAUACCUGUCAGCUGUUUCCUGCUCUUUAAUCUGUUUGACUGGAGUGGGAGGAGCUUAACAGCUGUCUGCAUGUGGCCGAAGAAGGACAGCGUGUUACUUCCCGUGUUGAUUGCGUGUCGCGUGGUCUUCGUGCCGCUCUUCAUGUUGUGUAACGUUCAGCCUCGACUCCACCUGCCCGUCUACUUCCACCAUGACGGCUUCUUCAUCGUCUUCAUGAUCAUCUUCGCCUUCAGUAACGGAUACCUCGCCAGUCUCUGCAUGUGCUACGGUCCAAAGAACGUUCUCCCUCAUGAAGCAGAAACCGCCGGCGCCAUCAUGGCGUUCUUUCUGUCUCUGGGUUUGGCUUUAGGCGCCGCUCUGUCCUUCAUCUUCAGAGCGCUGGUCUGAAACCUCAAUAGGUCAACUUGGAUUCGGGUUAGUUUAAAGUUAGGUUAGGGUUGGGUUAAGAUUAUCCACUUUGAAACACUUUGUUCAGGUUCACCAUUACAUUUUGAGCAGUUAAAUGUUUUUAUUCUGUUUUAACUUGAAAAUCUACAUAAAACUACAUUAUUAUAUUUUAUACUACAUAUUGUAUUAUUGUGACUUUAACAUCAGAACAUGUCUUUGUUGAAAUUGAAGGUCCAGUGUCUUUAUUGAUGUGAUGAUCGGAUAUAAAACCACAACCACCCAGU